AUGUCUAAAGCUUGCGGUGGUACUACGGACAUGUUUUCUACUCUUGGGUCUAAUCCAGAUUCUGUACAGUUGCCUCAUUCCUAUUUUGAUGGCUCUCAUGGUUGGUUUCACUCGCAGCAGUUCUUGCCUCUUCAAAAGCCAUGUAUAUUGAAGAUGCCUCCUCUCGCCGGCUUUUUAAGAAAUCAAGUAGACAGUGUCAUAUCAAAAGCGGAGGGCGAAUGUAGUAAAAAAAGGUUCCUAGUGUUUGACCAAUCAGGAGAUCAGACGAACCUUGUGCUCACCUCCGACAUCCUUAAAUCUUUUGGGAGCCUAAAACAGCAUAAUAUAAAGGAAGAUCUCCAAAGAAGCAAGCAAGACUUGGCUAUUUUUCAAGAAAUGAUGGGAAUUAGCGAACCAUAUUGGCAUAGUGAGAAACAAGAAGAUACAAACGAACUAAAUGCACUGCUUUACUCUGAAGACGAGAGUGAUUGUUCUUCUAAUGAAGAUGAGGUUACAAGCUCAGGAUAUUCCCCAAGCACUAUGUCAGUCCAUGGGGAUCAAGAAACAUUUGUUGAUGAAAGCCAUGCAAAAAAGAGAAAGGUGCUUGAGAAGAGCUGUGUCUAUGGUUAUGAUGUUGAAUCGAGCUGUGGGUUUCUAAAACGUUCUAAGCCGUCUAGCAACAAAAUAGGAGAAGAGGAGAUUUUUGAGGCACUAAACCUCUUGCGUAGUAUAAUCCCUGGGGAGGAACUGAUGGACCCUAUCUUAGUCAUCGAUAGAGCCAUUGAUUAUCUGAAAUCAUUGAAGGUGGAAGCUGAAAACGGAGGACAUAGGUCUCUUUGUCUGCAAGAUACCUAA